UUUUGUUUCAAACAAUGUGUACUCUUCACCAUCAACACUAUAAUAAAAGAAGAAUAUGUGGCUUUCAGAAGUACAAAAAAUUGGGAUUGGUAUAACAAGUUUGGGUUUGCUCUUUAUGAUACUUGGAGUAAUCAUGCUGUUUGACGGUCCCUUAUUGUCUCUUGGAAAUAUAUUGUCAGUGUCAGGCGUAUUCAUGAUUGUAGGGCCGGCCAAAUCAGCAAACUUCUUUUUACGAAAAGAUAGAAUGGUAGGAACCAUAAGCUUUAUAUCCGGAUUUCUUCUUACGAUUCUACGCUUUCCUAUUCUUGGUUUUUUUCUUGAAUGCCUGGGAUUCUUCAACCUCUUCCGGGUCUUUUAUCCGAUCAUUAUUAGCUUUCUGAGAUCUUUGCCUUAUAUAGGACCGUUUGUUGACCGGCUGACUUCUUACCAACAGAGUCCUGUGUAAAGGUGUCUUCUACUAUUAAAUAUCAGAAGACAAUAGCAGUUCAUACGCUCUUUAUAUAUAACAGCAUUUUAUUUGAAUGGUUUGAUUAGUCUCUACUAACGUUAAUAAUAAACAUUACUUUUACUAAAAAAUCACUGCUUUCUUUAUCUGCAC